AUGGCGGCGGGCGUGCCUCAGUCCAGCGCCCUGCGCACCUGCAGCCUCACGCAAGGACGCAGGACGCAUGGCUCCCUGGCCCAUGUCACCAACACCGGCCACAGGAGUCAUGACCCAGUGAAGGAGGCAGACCCGCGGAAAGCGACUCCUCUGACCUUUGUUCAGACAUUAUCCAUCUCUUUUUUCAGUCCCCAAGCGUUAAGAACUGCUGGCCAGAGUGGGGCGACCAAAGACACCGCGUUAAAAUCUAUCGGACAGUGCGUUUCAAACAGCAGACACCGAACCUGCAUUUUUAGGGAGACCAGCACACAGGAGGGCCUGAGAAGUCGCCCAGGACGGGACGAGCCCUUCCCCUCCCGGAGCAACUUCCUGCGGUUGGAGAACACUCUAGAGAGCCCUGGAGACCGCUGGUCUCCACCCAGGCUCCGGCUCCACUCUCAAGUUGCAGGGAGUGGCUUGAAGCAUCAGCAGGCUGUGCCUUCUGCCCGGGGACAGCAGGGAGGGUCAGGGCAGCUGUGCUGGCCGUCAGGAGUCGGGGUGGUCCGGGCCUGCGUCCCAGGGGAUGACGGCGGAGCACCGCACAUAGCUGGUCUCUGUUUGAUCCGAAUCCACACCCCGGGGGUUGGAACGCCCAGCUGCAUGUCACCUCACAGCGACAUCAGGCAGAAAGAAUUCAAACGCUGUCCCUGCCAGUCAGCCGGUGCCUCUACCCUCUGUGAGGAAAGCCGAGACGGCAUUCACUUCAACUCGGAUGGAAUUUCUCUCCAGUCCUGAUUUUCUGGGGCUCGUCUGCGGAGAUGAUGGCCUGGCCAGAGGGAG